AGCAACUCCACUACAUUACUCAUCUCCCCAAAUUUCUCAAACUUAAAAUUACCAAAUUAAAAUUAUAAAUUUAAAAUAUUAAAAUUCUCAAAUCAAUAAAUUAUUAAAUUAAUAGAAUUAAAUUAAAUUAAUAGAAUAUUUGUAAUGUAGAUGAAAUUAUGAGGAUAUACGUGGUAUUGGAGGAUAGUGAUUUACGUAAUACGAGGGAGUCCAGACUAGACAUUUUACAUCAGUCCCUGCUAAUACUCCAAGAUUCCAUUCUCAACAAGGAGUUGUGUUUGAAGGUGUAUAUAAGAACGGUGGAUAAUGAGUUGAUAGAUGUGAAUCCUGCGUUUUCGGUUCCGAGGACUCUUGAGUUAUUUGAGGUUCUCAUUCAAUCUCUCGUCACUAAUCGCAAAGUCAAAUCCACUAAUAAUAACAUACUACUACAGAUGUUGAAGAAUGAUUGGGAUAGUGUGAAGCCUGUGGAUGGUUAUAGUGUUGGUUUAUCUACGCUGGGACGUUACGAGAGUUUAAAGUGUUUUAUAUCCAAGUUUGACUUUAAACGGCCACUGAUUGUGCAUAUCGGAACUACUUCCCAUAAGCACUCCAAAGGUACCACCGAAAACGUCGACGACGUUAUUAAAAUCUCACCACACUCACUCACCGCCGCUCACUGCAUCUCCAAACUUCUCACAGAACUCACUCUCAUAUAACUAUUCAACACUAUUUUAUCAACAAUUUUAUCAACAAUUUUACAAAAUUUAAUUGUAAAAAAUUGGUUUAAAAAAAUAAAUGCCAAAGUUGAUCGGGCUACGAUUUACCGAGGAAAAUAAUCUCCAAUUCUGCUGCAGUUGCAAAAAGAUAAGAUUAUUGGGUGGUUAGUGGAUGAGUGAUUUGACCUUGUUGAGUAAUCUCGAGAAUAGUGACGGUUUCUUUAGUUUCUUAACGGUUUUUUGUGCGCCAAGAGGCUUGUCAACAGGUUUCCUCAUAGGCUCCUUCAAUCCCCUCGGCGUUCUCUGCACAUUCUCACGUACAUUUUCUCGUACAUUCAAUUCUUUGGGUAGAUUCAUUUGUUUGGGUACAUUAAUUUCCUUGGGUAGAUUCAUUUGAAGGUUCAUAUUCUCCCGUAGAUUCAUGUGUUUGGGUGGAUUAUCUUUAUUGAAGGCUGCGAUUUGGGAGUGUCUCGUACGUUCGUUUAGUAAUUUCCCCAACUCCUCACCACGAGUCGAUCUCACCGAACGAGUACUCGAAAUACUCGACCUCCUCGACGAAUUCCUCGAUCCCACCCUCUACACAUUUUCAUCCACAAUCAAUAAUAUAACAUAGUUAAUAUAA